GGUGUGAGAGCGUCAACUGCAGGUUGGCAGGGCUCAACCUCGCCCCGCGCGCGCGGCGGCCCGCGGCGGAGGCUGGGCUGGGCUCCUCUUGCCGGUGGGAGGAGUUGAGGCUGGGAGUUGGCGAGCCUCCCUCACCUGUCCGAACCUGAUCCCGCCGGGGAGCGGGGCCCGAAGGCCUGGGCGCGCUGGUUACCACGGCCUCGGCCCACGGCCUUGCCGGCGCCAGGACGCUUCGGCGAGGCAGGCAGUUGUGGGGGCUGCUCCCCGAGACUCGAGACGCCUGGGCUCCGCGCGCCAGCUCCCUGCUGCUCGCCCCUUUCGCCCCCAGGCGCCGUAGGCUUGGCGUGCCCCGAAGGCCAGGUCUGGCGGACGCCAGGGCUGCGGGUUCGAGACGCUCCGCCUCCUUCUGCCACUUAGGACCACAAGCGCCCCCCCGGGAGCUUUUCCAUUUGGUCUUAGGCUGCGGUCACUGCUGAGGGUUUUAGAACUUUGCAAGUAAGGACCUUUGCCUCCAACGCACGCCUUUCCUGCCGCCUGCCUGGGACACCCCGAGGCCCGGGAGAUCUCGCUCCUCGCCUCCCCCGGCACUGACGCCCCAACUUUUCACCAGCGGUCUGCGCUUCCUGACUGAGUGUCGAGCUCCUUUGCCAAAGGGCGCGCUGAUCUUCCGGGGGCCCGCCAAGCUCUCUCCCCGAGCGAGCGUGGGGCUGGGUGAGCCCAGAUCUGCCGUGCACUUGAGCGUUCCCUGAGCUCCGGAUUCGCUCCCGACCCGGAGCCGGCCUCCGAGGACGGAUUGAGCCCUGGUGGUCCCGGCCUUUUACUCCGAAACUCGAGUCGGUCCCCGUCUUUUCUCUCCGAACUUGGGUGCCGUCGCAGAUCGGCCGGGCAAGCGGCCGGCGGAGCAUCCGGACGCUCGCAAGCGCGGCGCCCGUCGGGGGCUGCGCACACCAUGGCCGGCUGCUGCUGCCUGUCCGCAGAGGAGAAGGAGUCGCAGCGCAUCAGCGCCGAGAUCGAGCGGCAGCUUCGCCGGGACAAGAAGGACGCGCGCCGCGAGUUCAAGCUGCUGCUGCUGGGAUUCCUUUCAUUCAUCCUGAUGGGAGGCCAUCUGACAGAUGAAGGAACUGGUGAAAGUGGCAAAAGCACCUUUAUCAAGCAAAUGAGAAUCAUCCAUGGGUCUGGAUACAGCGAUGAAGACAGAAAGGGGUUCACGAAGCUGGUUUACCAAAACAUAUUCACUGCCAUGCAAGCCAUGAUCAGAGCCAUGGAUACCCUGAGGAUACAGUACGUGUGUGAGCAGAAUAAGGAAAAUGCCCAGCUGAUCAGAGAGGUGGAAGUAGACAAGGUCUCUGCACUCUCCGGGGACCAGGUGGAGGCCAUCAAGCAGCUCUGGCAGGACCCGGGAAUCCAGGAGUGUUAUGACAGGAGGAGGGAAUACCAGCUGUCAGACUCUGCCAAAUAUUACCUGACUGACAUUGACCGGAUCGCCAUGCCAUCGUUCGUGCCAACGCAGCAGGAUGUGCUUCGCGUCCGAGUGCCCACAACAGGCAUCAUUGAGUAUCCAUUUGACUUGGAAAACAUCAUCUUUCGGAUGGUGGAUGUUGGUGGCCAGAGAUCUGAAAGACGGAAAUGGAUUCACUGCUUUGAGAGUGUCACCUCCAUCAUUUUUUUGGUUGCUCUCAGUGAAUAUGACCAGGUCCUGGCUGAGUGUGACAAUGAGAACCGCAUGGAAGAGAGCAAAGCCUUAUUUAAAACCAUCAUCACCUACCCCUGGUUUCUGAACUCAUCAGUGAUUUUGUUCUUAAACAAGAAGGAUCUUUUGGAAGAGAAAAUCAUGUACUCUCAUCUGAUUAGCUAUUUUCCAGAAUAUACCGGACCAAAGCAAGAUGUCAAAGCUGCCAGAGACUUUAUCCUGAAACUCUAUCAAGAUCAGAAUCCUGACAAAGAGAAAGUCAUCUAUUCCCACUUCACGUGUGCUACAGACACAGAGAAUAUCCGCUUUGUGUUUGCUGCUGUGAAAGACACAAUUCUACAACUAAACUUAAGAGAAUUCAACCUAGUUUAAAAGCUGCUGCCCACUUCUCACCCAGGCCAGAAAACCAGUUUUGCAAGCUCCUUGUGUUUUAUUUGCAAGUGCUUCUGACAGCACCGGCCCAGCCCACUAGGUGGCACCAAGUCCAUCAUGCAGGCCACAGGGACAGGGAUGGGUGAUGGAGCUUGUAAGAUAUUUGAGUUUAGCAACACUUUUUCAAAGUCUUUAUUCCCAAAUUGUUUUUACAUUUCUUUUCUUGACUUUAGGCUGUAGGAUUUUGUGUAAUUUUUGAAUUUGAUAUUUUAUAGAAUUUUAAAAAGCCACUGUGAUUUAUGAUUUUUUUUAAAUUGAAAUGUGUGUAAUAAUAGCCAUUAAAAAAAUCACAUAACAGAGGAGCCUAUCACUUUAAAGGUAAUGCUUUGAGACCUCUAGGAUUAUCUUUUUUUUUUAAAUUAAAUCUUAUAAUGGAGUGUUUUUCUCUCUUCAUGCUGAAGUAUGCUUUUAACAUGCAACCAAAGAUUUUUUUUAAAAAAACAGUUGGUUCUUCUUUGUGUUACCUUUCUAAGUCAAAUUAAUGACAGUAUCAGUACCUCUAAUUUAGUUUUGCCACAAUUUGAAACCAAAUUCACUAUGAAACCAAAGUAGACAAAAGAUAAAUGGGCUCUAAAUAGUAUAUAUGUUGUAUUGGUGAAAAAUGUAUGUUUAUAUCUAUAUAUUCCAAUGUAGACAACCAGGUCUUAAAAACUUAUGAAAUGGCUAAAAGCCCAAAUUGUUUAACAAAUGUAAAGUAACCCCUGCCAAAGUUCUGAUCGCUACCACAGAUUUGCUGUCUGAACCGUGUAUGCUGUGCCUUUCUGAGAAGGCUAAGAAUAUACCACUUUCCAUUAGCAUUGGAUUAUGCUGUGCUUCUUUGAGUUCAUGGCUGAUUGAUAGUUCUGCUCCUAAAAAUAAAAACGCUGUGGCUUUAACA